AUGGCCUCGAUCGCGGGCGUGCUCGGCGAUGACUUUGUCUCGGCGUACCUCAUGGACUUUCUCUUCGCGACGGACCUCGAGGCGCUUGGCCUCACGUGCAAGUACCUCCAGCGCAAGGUCUCGGCUCUUCUCCGCGUCCGCGUCCGGCGACAGUACCCAGACGUGUUUGGGCGCCAGCCCAUCUUUCGCCUGCCUCCCGCGCAAUCGACAAUCCACCGCCCGAAGCGACGGCUGCGCCAUCGCCAUCAGCGGUGCUUGUACUCGUUCUUCCAGCACUCGCAGAACCCCAUCUUCCAUGGUCUGCUUGGCCGGCUCAGUGGCACUGGCCAUCUCUUCCACGCGGACCGCGGUGGGUGGGUCUUCAACCCUGAGACCGAGACGUUUGAAAUCGACUGGGUCGACUCGACAUCGAGCCUUGGCGACGCCUACGACAGCGACGACUCGGUGGACGUGCCUCGGCGGUAUGCCACCUUGGACGACAACGACGACGACGACAACGAUCCUGAUGCAAUGGAUCGCGAUGGGCCUUCCAGCAUGACGUCGCAGCGGCUCGCCGAGCUUGCGGAAGCAUCUAUCGGCAACGACUGGCAGCCUCUCGCCGACGCCUUGGCCGUGCACGCGGUCUUCAAGCAGCUCUGCGCGGACUUGGAGGCCAACCUCGACGACGACGCCCUCGUGGUCCAAGGCGCGUUUCCAAUUUUGCUCCGCGCGCCGUCGCUACUGCACACCCCAUGGUCGGCGAGCGCUUUGCAUCGUCUGGUGCUGCCGUACCGUCCGCUGUCGCCAGCAGCCACGAGUCCGUUUGGCCUGGCGCUGCAUCCGACCGACUGCAUCUUUAGCCACUGCGCGUGCAUCGACUGGGACCUCAUUGACGACGACGAGGUAUGCCACGCGUGCGCGCAGCAAGACGCCGACGUGUGGCCGCCGCGGGAAGUCAUGUACCGCUGGCUCUUACCAGGCGAAGAAGAGCCGCUCGACACAUCGAGUGCCGGGCCGCAUUGGCGCCUUGGCAUCGCGUGCGCCGGGCUCUUUGGCGACGAUGUGCACUGGAAUACGUACAAACCGAUCGGCGACGGCAACUUUGUAUGCAACUAUUGCAUCGACCAAGGCCUCGUGCGAGACCCCCGCGAGUACAACAUGUGCCGCCAGUUUGUGCGGCCGCUCAAAGCCGCCAUGCGCGCGCACCUCGACAGCGUCCGCAUGGAGACGUACAUUGACAACUCGAGCGUGCAUGUGUUUGGUGGCGUGCAUGCCAGCGGCUUCUUUCUCGGCGUUGUCUGCUACGAAGUGGAUCGUGAGCUCCUCGGCCGUGUUGGUAUCUACUAA